CUGACCGAGUCAUACAUAGCAAGGAGUCUGACCAAAAUCUUUCCACCAAAUACCCUAAAAAUCCCACGCCUCUUUUUCUCCCCUCUUCUACUCAUCAUGCGCCUCCUUACCUAGGGUUUUUUUUCUUUGCAAAUCUACAACAAUCUGUUACAAAGGAAGCAUCAAAGCCUAUGGACUCGGAUGAGGAGAUUAUGCUUUUCUUGAUGCUUUGUUGGCAUUGGCUACAAUUAGCCUCGGUAUUGACCAAUCAUGAAAGGAUAAGAGAUCUGAAUUCGGUAUUGACCGGUCAUGAGUACACACAAGAAUUGUUGCAUGGCACUUCUACACAAUGUCAUGAGAUGAUGCGCAUGUCACGUGAUGCGUAUGUACUAUUGUGCAAUCAUUUUAAGCAAAGAAAUUGGUUGCAGAGUAGUAGGUCAAUAACCUUUGAAGAAAAGAUGGCUAUGUUUUUUAUUGUCAUAGGACAUAAUGAGCGAUUUCGAAUGGUUAAGCGAAGGUUUCAACACUCAACAGAAACAAUUCAUAGAUGUUUUCAUGAGGUCUUAAUUGCGAUGAUGAAUUUCACAAGAGAAGUUAUAGUUCGGACAUCUUCUAAUCCAAUCGCGAAUGCUUCAGAAAACCAUAGAAGGCUAAAACAAAUAUUUCCUGGAGCAAUAGGUCCGUUAGAUGGAACUCUUGUACAUGCAGUCGUACCUGGUGAUCAACAGACUCGUUACAGGGGAAGAGCAAAGGGUGAAUGCUUUCAAAAUGUCUUAGGAAUCUGUAAUUUUGAUGUGAUAUUCACGUUCGUGUGGGCUGGAUGGGAGGGUAUUGCACAUGAUUCACGUGUUUUGAAAGAAGUUGCAUUUAAUCCGAGUUCCGGCUUUUAUUUCCCCCCACCAGACAAAUAUUACCUUUGCGAUGUCGCAUACACCAACACUCGUGGGUUUAUGACUCCCUACCGUAAUACGAGAUAUUGGUUAGCCGAUUUUCGACGACAACGUGCAUUGACUAAGGAAGAAAAGUUCAACCAUGCUCAUGCACAACUCAGAAAUGUGAUUGAGCGCGCAUACGGUGUUUUGAAGGCAAGAUUCCCAAUCCUAAAACAAAUGGCCCCCUUUUCAUUUCCAAUACAGAGAGACAUAGUGAUUGCGUGUUUCGCCAUCCAUAACUUUAUAAGGAAAUGGAAUAUUCAUGAUCAGUUAUUUGUGGUGUACAACGAGAACACUUUUUUUGGAGAAAUGCAACAGGAGGAAAGUGAUGGCCAGUCUGUUCACGACAUGGAAUGGGGCUCACAAGGCAUUGAAUAUAUGACUACUUUGCGUGACGAGAUAGCUACUCAAUUAAUGUCAAAUGCUUAAAACCAAAAUUGUACGCAAGUUAUUAAUUUCUACUUGGAUUAGUAUGUUUUCAAGAAGGAUUUAUGUGUAUUUUGGAUUUUCUAU